AUGGACCGUGGUGCUUUGCAGCAGGAGUAUCUUCGACGGAGAAAGUUGAACACAUUCCAGGAGCGCCGCAAAGAAGGGCGCACAGCUUACACCAAAGCUUCCCGCACAGCCAUCAUUGUUGGUUCUUUGGGUUUGAUCUUCAACAUCAUGGCCAUUGUCCUUCCCAACUGGCGCUCUAGCUGGGUCGGGCUCAUCGGAUACGGUACCAGAAGGAACUGGGGCCUGCUCUACGUCCAGGGCCGGCAGACGACCUUCCACCAUACCAUGUUCGACAACAACUGCAAGUGGUAUGGUCAUCUGAUGCUCGGCAAUUCCUGUCUCUCACCAAUUUGCAGAUGGUACCUUCUGAAAUGCAAUUCCUAUUUCGAGCUGUGCCUCUACAGCUAUAGUGCAGCCCUGGGAAUCAUUAUCGGGACAAUCGUUCAAAUGUUGUGUCUGUAUUGGACGGUUGCGCUGACAACUCGAACCUUGCGAUGGGCGGCGAACUGGUGGCCGGUGGCUGCGAUGCUGAACAUUGCCGGUACAGUUUUCUGGAUAAUCAUGACCGAGGGUAUUUUCGAGGAUCUGAACGAAGAGUCCUGGUAUCCUGUUCCACCACCCGGGUUGUCCUUCAUUCUCGCUUGCGCUAGCGGAGUGCUUCAAUUGGUCAAUUCUUUCUUGGGCUACUCGCUGCACUACAUGUGGCCGGAGGUAGAUCCGGACAAUCCCGACCAGUUCGAUUCCGGAACAGAUUCGGAAGGCGAGGAGGACGAAGAGGAGUUGGACCCAGAUGAGAAGCAGGGUGGAUACUGGGGCUAUGGCGGGUACGGUGGCUACGGUGGAGGUGAUGCUGCUGCUGAUGGUCUGGCAUAUCCGUUUGCACCUUACUCGAACGUCUACGUUGUCUUUCGCGUUCCUCGAUGCGGGGCAACGCAGGCCGAAGUCUGUGAGCUGAAUCCGUACAUUUUCCCCGCUCUGCACAGGGAUCAAGCAGGUGAUCCCUUCUUGAGGAAGGAAUGGUACGACAUCAAGGCGCCGAGCAUGUUCAGCGUGCGGAAUUGUGGCAAGACGUUGGUGUCCAGGACACAGGGUACGAAGAUCGCCACGGAAGAGCUUAAGGGCCGUGUGCUGGAGGUGAACUUGGCGGAUUUGAACAACGACGAGGACCAGGCUUCCAAGAAGGUGCGUCUCUGCAUCGAGGAGGUCCAAGGCCGAAGUUGUUUGACAGACUUUCAUGGCAUGACACUGACCCGAGACAAGAUCUGCUCCCUAAUCAAGAAGUGGCAGACGCUCAUAGAGGCCCACGUGGAUGUCAAGACUACUGACAACUACAUCGUCCGCAUGUUCUGCAUCGCUUUCACGAAGCGCCGACCAGAGCAGGUCAAGUCAAAUUGCUAUGCACAGUCUGCACAGAUUCGCAAGAUUCGUCGCAAGAUGGUCGAGAUCAUGACGCAAGAGGCAAGCAAAGUCCAGCUGCGAGAGCUGGUCAAGAAACUCAUACCCGAAUCCAUUGGCAAAGAGAUUGAGAAGCAGACGCAGGGAAUCUUCCCGUUGAAGGAUUGCUUGAUCCGAAAGGUGAAGAUCAUGAAGAAGCCAAAGUUCGACAUCACCAAGCUAAUGGAGCUUCAUGGAGAUGGUGGCGAUGACGUCGGUGUUGAGAUGAUGCGCCCUGAAGCGGAGGAUGCCAUGAACACCUUGUCGGCUGAUGUGGCAGCUGCCGAUGACGACUGA